AUGUUGGCUCACAUCUCCAUUGUUUAGCAGAACCCAGCAAGCACAAAGUACGAAGUAAACACGUGUGUGCACAUUAUUUUCAAGUGAAAUAAGUUGAAGCAGUUCAAAAAUGAAAAUUAAAACCGAUAAAAAGAUAAAAAAGAAAGACUCCAAGUUGCAUUCGAUUAGUAAGUCUUCGGAGGUCAUAGUAAAGCAGAAGGCAAAAAAAUCCGCCCCCAAAGCAGCGGCCGUUUUGCCGGUCACCUUUGCCGAGAAGAAGGUACUUUCGGUUAAAAAGAAAAACAAAAGGCAAAAUUUGAAAGUGGCUGCUGUCCAGUCAGCGCCUGUGAAUAUUCCAACAAAGGACACAUCAAAGUCUACAGAAAAGUCUAAGAUUAAGGCAAAUAAAGCGCAGAAGACUGCUGCCCCAGUUCCAGAUAUAAAAGUAAAGAAAUCGCAGAAAAUCUCUAAAAAAGCUGCUAAGGGAAAAACCGAUCAAACGAAACUUUCUGAAGUUGCUGCUACCAAAAAACCGAAAAAGAACAAAAAGGCCAAAAAGACGAAAGUCGACGAAGAACCAUCCACAGUAGAAACCGAACCGACAUCGGUUCCUGAACUAUUGGUAACCAGAGAGACAAUUCAGUCGGCGCUGAAAGCCUGCAAGAAAGCGUUGGAUGGCGGCUUUGAGCAGAAGAAGAACCUUUUCGGAGAGGACAUGAAGUAUGCGCUGCAGAUUUCCUCCGUAAAAAUACCCGAUGUUCCGAGCCGGAACUGUAGAAUCCAUCUACCAAAUCCGAUCUACAAAAACGGAGACGAUAUUUGUCUAAUUGUUAAAGAUUUGGAACGUGGCAGCAAACAGGACUACGAACCUACACUGAACCAUUGGGAAGACAAACUACGUGAGCUGGGGAUCGAUUACGUUACGAUGGUUAUUCCCUUCCAGCAGCUCAAGCAAGAUUAUCGGCAAUAUGAAAUGAAGCUGAAGCUUGUGCAUCGAUUCGAUCGUUUUCUAGUGGAUGCCCGUAUUAGUGGUCACGUUUACGGUUUCCUGGGUACCAAUUUUAUUCGGCGAUGUAAAAAUCCAACCCCAGUUGUACUAGAACACGAUGAUAAAAUCGUGAAGAAUAUGGACAAAGCUUUGUGCCAGUUGACCUAUAAGCAAACUAACACCGGUAGGACGUCCGAAAUUCAGUUUGCUACUCACAAAACGCCACUGGAAAAGGCCGUUGAAAAUGCGGAAGCAUUAAUCGAAAAUUUGAAAACUCAGUUCCCAGGGGGGUGGCAGAACAUCCGUACGAUUUAUUUGAAACCGAUGGUCGAUAUUAAACUUUCGCUUCCGUUGUAUGUAAGCAAAAUCGAUCCCAAUCUGGUACCAGUACCGAAAGCCUCCGGCCCGCGGGAGAAGUUUGAAAAGAAGAUGAACGCACAACUCCUGCAAAGUACUUCUAAUAAAUACCAGUUCCAGGCGGGUAAUCUGGUACGGCACAAGCUAGAAAAACGUAAGGAAUUGGAUAGACAGGAAGGCGGCAAAAAGGUGAAAGCUUAUAAUAAGAAAACGAAAGGGAAACACGAGCAGCCAGCCGCUCAGCAACACAGCGAUGGUGAUGAAGACGAUGUUGAUAUGCAAAAUGUGGUGGAAAAAGCGAGCGAUACCGAGCAGAGCGAUUUGGCAGAUGACAGCGAUUAAUUGUACUUCCGGUGGGAAACAAUUGGUUCAAAUGGAGCCUUUUGUUUGCCAUGGUCAUUUAUUACUGUACAAUAAAAUGAAUUUCGUUUACUAGAACAA